GUCAGCCGGACAUGCUAUCAUGGUUGUAUCGCCGUUCCGCGUCGUGGUUGGCACGUACACUAGUGCACAGCGUAGCAAACCAAGGCGCCAAGCCAAAACCGGCAGUAACGGGGAACGGGAUCCUUUACAGAUCCAACAAGACGGAUUUUGCCGCAGUGCGUGCGUAAUCAAUGAGGAAUUAAUCCGUCGUAUGAUCUUGGUCAAUAUCACGUCGGCAGGGGGAGACCGGCUUGAAGUCUCAAAAGGCAGGCCCCGUCUUGGAAUUCCCGAUAGCAAUUGUGAUGACAGCAGCCCGAGGAAGGACAGAGGCAAGGACAACCAGAGCAGCAGAGCAGACGAGGAGGUCAAGGAGGGGAAGAGCCGUGCGUGCGUCCAAGGUUGUGCUUGUGUCUCCGUGUGUCCGUGUCCCUAGUCCGUAGAGGUACUAAUGUCGACAGGGUGCUGAAAAGAAAAGAUAGGUAUGCAAAAGAUAAGGCCUGUGUCGCCAACGGAUCAGAUCCCGUG